CACCUUUGCAAUAAUAUUAGAUAUGUCUACUCCUAUUACCCGCGCUAAAGCCUGUAAAAGCUGCAUCAAAGCCAAACGCCGCUGCACCCGCGAAUACCCCAUCUGCAAGCGCUGCAUAACCAAACAACUAAACUGCCACUACGACAGGCUCCCGAACCGCUCCACCGCUUUCCCCCCUAAAUCCACCUCCCAAGCCAGCCUCAACACCCCCAGUGCCACAGAUGAAUCUCACUCCCCCAACGCCUCGCUGGCAUCAGCAACAGAAAUCCUCCAACCUCAGAACAUUCCCUCAAUCAUACCGCUUGAAGCUUUCACGUUGCCAGAUCAGGACCCCUUCUUCACCCCUGAGGACCUCGGCCUCGCCAUCUCUCACGUCACGCUGAAGUUCUACGUCCGCGAGAUUCGAUCCUGGGCCGAGCAGUGGAUAGCGCAGGGCCGGACCCCCUUCAUCCACUCGCAUCUUUACCAUUCCCACCUGCCUGCGUGUAUCCAGGACGCGUACAGCGGGUGCACGCUCUACUUCGCCAAGAACGAGCGCAACGAGGACAUGACCUUCCAGAUUCUCGAGGGGCAUGUCGAGCGCCUAGUCCGCGCGGACGCGGGGGAGAUGAGCGUGCACCAGCACCUCGCGCGCGUGCAAGCCCUCCUCGUCUCGCUCAUUCUGCGGCUGUUCGACGGGGACAUCCGCCAGCGCGCCAUGGCAGAGCUGCAGCUCCCGCGGUUGGAGAGCUGGACGAGCGACAUGUGGAAUGCGGCGCUGGCGACGUUGCCGGGGCUGCAGUCAGACUCCGCCUCCCAAUAUUCCAUAUCGAACUCGAUUGAGGAAGAGUGGCGGGACUGGGCGCUCCAGGAGUCCGUCCGCCGUACCUGGCUCACCUCCAGUAUCACCGCGUGUGUAUAUCUUACCAUGAAACAGGGCUGGUCCGGGUGCCCCGGCGGCGUGAAGUUCAACGCCCAACGCGCGUUGUGGGAAGCGGAGAGCUCGUGGCAGUGGGCCAGGCCGUUCAAGGAUACUCAGAAGGCGAAUCUGUGGAUAGAUACGUGGGACAUCGCGAGCCUGAUGGAGCGGUGCGGCGCGGAGGAGGUGGAUGCAUUCGGGCGGCUGAUUCUGGUGAUUUCGAUUGGUUUAGAGAAGGCGGAGGCAUGGACUGGGGUGGAGUCAAGGAGAAAGGCACUCCAUUGAUAGUCGGGGGUGGUGAGGUGGUGGAUAGGAGGUAGGAGAGUGGGCGAAGGCCUGAGGCAUCGUUGUUCCGCCAUGCUCUUUCUUGCUAUUGCCGGAACCUCAAAGCGGCAACUCUUGGUAGCCGCGAGGUUGGAAAAAGGUGUGGAGUCCUGUAGGACCCCCUCUAGCGUCAUGACGCGGAGCAAUGUCUUCUCUAAAACCUGUUCAAAAAUACUACUUGGCCUGGCAAACUACCUCCUGGUGUCAGAUUUGAGAUAGG